CACCCAAAAAAAGGCAGUCCACAAACACAAACCAUACUGUGUGAGAAAAGAGAAAUUAAAUAUAUGAAACAAGCCCAAACAAAAACAAACAAACAAAUCUCAGAGAUCUCAAUGCAAGUUGUGGUUGACAUCCAUCUUCACCACUUCCUCCCCUGAAAGCCCAAAAAAGCAAAACAAUUCAUAAACAUUGACUGUCCCAAUAAUUGCCCUCCCCCCUCACGUCUUCCGGUACACCGGAAAAAAAUUAAGAAUCCUUUGCUGAAAAGUCCUUUCUGACUUUUCAUGCAAUAUCACGUCAUUGCACCCUCGGAAUACCCUUUUUUUUUUUUCCCAGCACUGUGUGAAUUGGAAUGCUUGCUGUAUCACCUCUAAGAAAUAAUGGCAAGGAUGAAAGGGAAGGAGAGAUGGAGAGGUUUUCGAUCGGAGCUGAUGAAUUUGUGGACUCCUCCAGCGGGAACUUGCUUGACAGUAUUGAUUUCGACGAUCUGUUCAUCGGCUUUGGCGACGGAUACGUGCUGCCAGAUUUGGAGAUGGACCCGGAAAUCCUGGCCGAGCUUUCGGUCACUGGGGGUGAGGAAUCCGACAUGAACUCAUCUUCUGGGUCGGCCGAGAAAGCACCGGAUGAAACUCAAAGGAAAGAGGAGGAAGACAAACUUUCGGCUCCGGGUCUUGCUUCAGAUUUGGUUUCGGGUUUGAGCUCGAGUAGUCGAGGUGAUGAGAUUGUGAGUAAAAGAGAUGAAUUUUGUGCUGCAGCAUAUCCGUUGCGAAAGGAAGGAGAUAAAAGCAGAAAAUCAUCAACGCAAGCUAAGAAUUCUCAAGGGAAGCGAAAGGUGAAGGUGGAUUGGACCCCAGAGCUGCACAGGAAGUUCGUGCAGGCAGUUGAGCAGCUAGGGGUGGAUAAGGCAGUACCUUCGAGGAUUUUAGAGCUCAUGGGAAUAGAUUGUCUCACUCGCCAUAACAUCGCUAGCCACCUUCAAAAAUACAGGUCGCAUCGGAAACAUUUGCUAGCACGAGAGGCUGAAGCGGCCAGCUGGAGCCAAAGACGGCAAAUCUAUGGGGGCGCUGCCGCCGCUGGUGGCGUAGGAGGAAGCAAGAGAGACAUGAAGGAUUACCCAUGGCUUACACCCGCCAUGGGUUUCCCACCCAUAGCACCUUUACACCCCCUGAGGCCCUUACACGUGUGGGGCCAUCCACACGCAGAUCAAUCGGUGAUGCGCCUGUGGCCUAAGCAUCUGCCUGCUUCACCGUCUCCGCCACCACCUCCACCGGCAUGGGUACCACCGCCCCCUCAUCCUUCUCCACCGGACCCUUCAUACUGGCACCCCAGCCACCACCGUGUUCCAAAAGGAUUUACUCCUGCAGGAACAAUACCUUGCUUUCCACAGCCAUUGGCGGCAACGAUAUUUGGCGCUCCGCCUGUGCCGGGCAUUCCACAUAAUGUAAUGUACAAAGUAGACCAUGGUAUUGGUGUUCCAGCCGGACCGACGGGUCCUCGUCCUCCGUUUGACUGUCACCCGAUACCAGGUAGACGCCCAUGCCUUCACGAGGGGGGAGGAGCGGGUCCAAAGAAAGCAUAGAUGCUGCUAUUGGAGAUGCUUUAUCAAAACCAUGGGUGCCUCUUCCUCUUGGACUAAAGCCUCCAUCUCUCGACAGUGUUCUAGGGGAAUUGCAACGUCAAGGAAUUUCCAAAGUACCACCCGCCGGUGCUUAAAUCCUAAGAAGAUUCUUCUACAUGCAUUGGAUUGUUCACAUCACAUUUCGAGAACCCAAAAUUCGGCGACAUUUCCUAUGUUUAUAUCUACUAUCUAAUUUUUAAGUUUUUUUUUUCUUUUUUUUUUCAGCCCUUUGUUGUUGUAUGUGAUUAAGCAAUUGCUUUUUUCCUCUUAAGUCCUUGUAGUACUAAGUAUCUCCUACUCCAAAAGUUACAAUUAAUUGCAAAUGUGCAAUAGAAAUUUCUUAUAUUGUGUAAAUUUUUAAAAAAUUGACAAGAUUUAAAUGACUAAUAAAAUUAUUCUUGCAACAA